GUUGAUGACUGGGCAUCUCGCGACACUCCCGCGAGCAAUCUUCCAUCUAUCAUAAAUAUACUAACCGAGUUUGCUCGUAGCGCUGCAGAUGUUCGUCAUCAGACACUGGAAGAUGCAGACAGACGUGAUGCUCAAGUAACUGCUGACCGCAAACGAGCUCAGCAAGCGGAGGCGGAUUUGAUAGCUGCUAGAAAAGCCCUAGAUGAGUCUGUAAUGGCAACAAUGAAUUCGCACGAUCCGUCGACGUCCAGAGCAAAAGUUUCUCGAUCACUACGGCAAAGACCUGGGCAGGCUACUUCAGCAAGUAAAUAA